AUGGUUUCAAAAAUCUACAUAUCCCAAAGAUCGAUGGGAUAUAUGGCAAAUAGAUGCAAAUACUGGUUAGAAAGAGUAGGAAAUCGUGAAAUGGUGGGAUUUGGUAUGAACGGUACACCAAUGUACUUAGAUCGACCAGAUUUUCCUUUCUCUGCUAUUAGAUACAAGGAAACAACCCCUGAAUUACAAGCACUUUAUGAAAAACAAAAGGGAGAUUGGAGACUAUUAACGAAAGAGGAAAAGAAAACCUUGUAUAGGGCUAAUUUUUGUCAAACUUACGCUGAAUUUCAAGCUCCCACUGGCGAAUGGAUGGAGGUGAUCGGUUAUGCGUUAAUUUUUUGCUGUCUCGGUGUAUGGCUCUUUAUCAUUGAGAGUCUUACGAUCCACAAAUCGCCCGAGAGUUUUAAACCUGCCUGGGUUAGAGCGCAAAUGAGAAGGCAGAUAGAUUUGCAAGUGAAUCCAAUUACUGGGCUAGCUUCAAAUUGGGAUUAUGAAAAAGAAGAUUGGAAGGUUAAAAAAUGGAAUACACCAUCCAAUCCAUUUAUCAAAUGCCCAGACGAUGAUGAUUAG